AUGAUUGGUCCACAGUCUUCCGGGUCGCCCAUGAACGUUUGCGACCCGGCCAGACGUCGCCAAUGUUUGGGACCCAAUGCUGAGAGCAGAGCAGGAGUGCCCGCGUCGACCACAAUUUCUAAGGUGCGUGGCGAGUCAGCUUCCCCGCCCUCCCCUCAUUUUAACCGCCCUCCCCUCAUUUUCACCGCCCUCCCCUCAUUUUCACCGCCCUCCCCUCAUUUUUACUGCCCUCCCCUCAUUUUCACCGCCCUCCCCUCAUUUUCACCGCCCUCCCCUCAUUUUCACCGCCCUCCCCUCAUCUUACCCUCUCUCUUCCCAUCUUCCCCUCUCUCUUCCCAUCUUCCCCUCUCUCUUCCCAUCUUACCCUCUCUCGUCCCCAAUCUCUUCCCACCGUACCCUCUCUCCCCCCAUCUUCCCCUCUCUCUUCCCAUCUUACCCUCUCUCCCCCCAUCUUACCCUCUCUCUUCCCAUCUUCCCCUCUCUCUUCGCAAGGGGGUGAAAUUCCAUUGGACAAGUGGUGAUUGGGAGGCCAUGUGGUGGUUGGGAGCCAUGUGGUGGUUGGGAGGCCAUGUGGUGGUUGGGAGGCCAUGUGGUGGUUGGGAGCCAUGUGGUGGUUGGGAGGCCAUGUGGUGGUUGGGAGGCCAUGUGGUGGUUGGGAGCCAUGUGGUGGUUGGGAGGCCAUGUGGUGGUUGGGAGCCAUGUGGUGGUUGGGAGGCCAUGUGGUGGUUGGGAGCCAUGUGGUGGUUGGGAGCCAUGUGGUGGUUGGAAGGCCAUGUGGUGGUUGGGAGGCCAUGUGGUGGUUGGGAGCCAUGUGGUGGUUGGGAGGCCAUGUGGUGGUUGGGAGGCCAUGUGGUGGUUGGGAGGCCAUGUGGUGGUUGGGAGGCCAUGUGGUGGUUGGGAGGCCAUGUGGUGGUUGGGAGGCCAUGUGGUGGUUGGGAGGCCAUGUGGUGGUUGGGAGGCCAUGUGGUGGUUGGGAGGCCAUGUGGUGGUUGGGAGGCCAUGUGGUGGUUGGGAGGCCAUGUGGCAGGGGAUGAGCUUCUCAAGGCGUGUGGCGGGGGGCAAGAGGGGCGGCAGGGAGGCGAAGGAGGGAGGCGAAGGGGAGAGCGGCUGUUAUGGUGGGCAGAGGGGUGA